GGAUCAUCUUGCGACGAGCACAGUGCGCUAAUAUAGACACGUUAUUUCUUGCGGAUCAACGGCAUCGAGAUGUUCGCGGGAUUUUCGUGGAUCGUCGCGACAAUAAUCGCACUUUUUAGCGUUUGUACCUACGCUCAAGAAUCUGCUUCGUCCAAUCAACAACUUGUGUCACAAGUCUGCUUAGACUGCAUAUGUGAAACUACUACGGGAUGUAACAUGACUAUUGGUUGCUCUAAUUUGGCCCGCCCUUGCGGACCUUUUUUUAUACAAUGGUCCUACUGGGUUGAUGCUGGCAAACCAACUGUAAACAACGAGCCGAGCAAUACCAAUGGUGCUUUUAUCCGAUGUGUCAACGAUCUUUAUUGUGCUAGUCGUGCGGUAGAAGCCUACAUGGUUAAAUUUAAUCAGGACUGCACUGGAGACGGAGUAAUCGAUUGCGAUGAUUAUCUGCGUAUUCAUCGAUUGGGCGGAAACGGUUGUACCGGCUCGCUAGACAGAAAAUACUUAAAUAAAUACAAAUUGUGUAUACAAACUAACGGGGGCCAAUAAUAUAUGCAUAUUAUGUUGGAACUUAACAACAAUCUUUACCGGACACUCUGUAUACAUAUACAGGGUGUCUGGUAAAAAAUGUGCCCGUUUGCCCCCUACGCCCCCUCAAAGUUCCAAACAUUUUUACUGUAUAUCACCGAAAAUAUUGAUUUUGCGAAAAAAGUUUUAGACAAAAAAUGAAGCCAUUAAAAA